AUGUUCAAAUUUAGAGAGAUUGACGAAGAUGAGGAUGAAACUCAACGAGUAAUGAAAAUCCGUCGUAUCACGACUCCAGCAUAUGCCAUUCGGCGAAUCGAUCGGCGUAUUUGGCCAAACGAGGUACCCCGAAAAAAUUAUAAUUGCGGGAAGACGACUGCAUAUAGCGUAAGAAAGGAGCAAGAAUUGGCACCCAAUCCAAAUAAUCCUCAUUUCUGUUUUACGGGUCAUCAGCGUCUAUAUCCAUAUCGGUUUUAUCUCGACCUUAUCCGAAGAGCGAAAAGAGACCCGUCAAUCAUCAGUUUGGAUAUGCCAAAGUUAAGACCUGUAGGAGGAACGAUAAUUGUCUACGACUGUCAUGGAAUUGACCAAAAUCGUGCCCUGCAUAAUGAUGGCUAUCGCUGGGGUCGCUCAAAGGGUGUGAAAUUGAUUCAAAGUGUUGGCAAUAGACUUGUACGCACAUACCAUUUCCUUUAUGAUCCGAAUAAUCCAGCUGGAGAUCCGAGUUUCAAGAAGUAUCGUUUUUCUCUGAAAGGCGAAAAUUAUGGUAUAAUGGUCAUGCAUUAUAUUGGUGACGAAAAACAUGCGGCCGAAGUUUCAGCCAGAUGCAUGCGAAACAAUGAUCCAAUGGCUAUGUUAGCAUACAGUGAAGCACAACAAGGAGUUGAAGAUUUGCAUUCGUUACAUUUGUUACCGUUACCUAUGUUGAAUGAACACUCAUCUGAAGAAGAGCGAAACAAAUUUCGUCAGACCCUAUUGUCUAAUAUUCAGAGCCUUCAAAGGCAGUUACUGUAUGAAAAUGAGGAAACGUUUGUGGAAAGAGUUGAAUUCGAUGACUGUGGGGUGAGUGUAGUUUAUUUGUUUUGUUAUCCGUUGGUGGAGCAGCUAAUUGCUGUGGCAGGUUAUUUACAACAAGGUACUCCGUUUCGUACCGUUCAGCUUUUCUACCAUACCGAGCCAGUUACUGUCGAUUAUCACCUUUCAACGCUUGCGUUCAUGCAUCCAUUUUUUGAAGGUGAUCAAGUAUUACCUAUAGCUUUCAUGGUCAGCUCGACUACUUCACCGGAUCGUUGUGAUGAUCAUGAUAGUUUUUUGUCAACAUUAUACGAUAGAUUUAAUGAGCUUCUUAAUGGACGUUUUGUGAUUAUCACAGGCCAAAGUCUUUGCUUCACGCCUGAUGCUUUUCCAAUUGCUGAACACAUCCGAUGCUGGGAUGAUUUCAAAAGAGUCAAACUCAGCUAUAUUGAAACUCUUUUUGGAGGAGCUAAUCUGAAUGAAUAUGCCAGUGAUAUGAAUAUUUUGAUGAGCUGUACCUAUGAGAAACUUUUUGAUGAGAUGUGGGGAAAAAUAAGUGCAUGCAAACGUUAUACUGAACGUCCGGAUGUAUACAGUUAUUUUGAUAAUGUUUGGAGUGAUUUUAAAUUUACGAGUUCCAUUUGGCAUUUGAAGAACUGCGGUGUUCCAGAUGCUGAUAAGGGUAUAACUUGGCGACCGUGUAAAGGUUUAAGUAAGCUGGUUUCACAGCUCUGCGAUAGUAACGCUCUGCUUGAUACUAUUAUUAUAUCGCUGUUUUUGUUGUCAAAUGCAUAUCGAAGAGAGCGUUUCCAGCAGAGUCAUUUGAAGUUACCCAAAUUGCCCUACGCACCAGCCAUGGAAAAUAUUGUGAUGACCGCAUUCAGUAUGUGUCCAAAUCGCUCUUACAAACGGUUAUCGCAUGAUGGAGUAAAUGAUAAUUCAACAUUGUCAACCUGCCUUGAUAAUGAGUAUCAAACUCAUCCUAGUUCUCUAGUUAGCCAAAUUGAUUUACCUUCUACAAGUACUUUGUUCUGGGAAGGGCAUCCUGGAUCAAAUUUUGAGUUUAUUAUCGAUGCCGAUGAUUCGCGCUUGCCAUAUUCUAGAAACGCUUAUGUACGUCUCGUUAGUCCAAUGACUUUUGCGGUUCGAGCAAGAGAUGGUUCACCGCAUGUCGUAGAGGCGACACAUCGUGAUGAUCUCGAUUCAUUACAGUGGUACUGUAGUUGCGGACUAAGGCAACGAUGCAGUCAUAUCGCUAGUGUUAU